CAGUGGUGUCUUUUUCCAAUGACCAAUUUAUUUCCUUUUUUUAAUAUAUAUUUAAAGUGACAAUUAAUAUGUACUUUUCUCUCUUUAAAUCAUAUAAAACCACUCUUACAACAAAACAAAAAGACAAAAGAAAACUCCAACUCUCUAUGUUUCUUCUUCAUCCAUAUGAAUCAAUUUCACGGCAAAUACACAAACUUAUAUAUUCAGUCAUUUAUUAUCUUAACAAAAUAUUAAUCCACCCCACUCAGCAUCGCCCACGAGAUCGAGAAAAGGAAAAAAGAAUUACCUCACAUGUUCAGAUUCGGCUCCAAUGGCGCAUGGUGUACGGCGAAGCGGAUUGGGUUGCUGUCGAAGAUGGAGGUUGCGGAAACAAGGAUAUGGUCGAUAGAGGGAUUCGAAUCUGUCGGUGA